CCACCCCCCCCCUCCCCUAUGGACCCCCCCCCUCCGAACAACCAUACCACAGAGGCCCAAAUGGGGUUUAGCCCAGCCUUACUCACUUACUGGUCCAACAACACUGGGGGCCUUAACCAGCCGGAGAAGCGCUCCCACCUGCUCCGCCGUCUCUGGGCGGAGAGGGUGUCCGUAGCGUUCCUGCAGGAGAUGCACUUUCGGGGCCCGGACGCACCUAAACUAGAAAAUAAACGUUUCAAUUUGGCUUACUACGCCAAUCACCCAGACGCUAAGAGAGCAGGUGUAGCGAUACUCUUUGCACACACUGUACCCUUCAGACAUACUGCGACCCACAUGGAUCCUGGAGGGAGAUCUCUCUUUGUCAAAG